AUGACUCGGCCAGUGCAUGUUUGCUUGGUGGUGCUGCUGGCCUGGCAGUUCAGAUUUGUGUUCCAGCGGUCCUUUGUAACCUUUCAGGGAGUUCGCCAACCCCAAGGGUCUGUGGCGCGGACAACGCGGCGGGUGCGCGAGAGGCGCCAGGCGAGCCCUCGGCCCAGACCGAAGCAGGCAGACAGCUACACACCAGCUAAGGUGAUCACGAGCCGGGUCAAGACCGCGGCCUCGGCUCCCGCCAUUUUGGCGGUCAUGCAGUCUGAGAGGGAGAACCCAAAUAUGGACUUGAUUGCAGUUGCUGCCGCUUGGUGCCAGCUCGCAAGGCUCAAACAAGGCAUCGAUGCUGAGGUGACCAAAUCUCAAUCCUUUGCGAUGUUUGUGAUCCAGACACGUUCAACGUUGCAGAGACCAGAGACGCUUGAAGCGCAGGCAGUGUCAAACAUACUGUGGUCCGCCGCAAGGCUUCGGAGCAGCACUUCCUCUCAGCUUAAAGCCCUGUGGAUCAGCUUGGCUCGCGCCGUAAAAGCGACUGCGAGACAGAUGAUCGCCCAAGGAGUUGCUAAUUCAAUUUGGGCGGUGGCGACGCUUGCCACAACGAACACCGACUCCGAAGCUUUGCUUACUGGACUGCCCGCGUUGGCAAAGAGGCUGCCAGCAGUGAUAUCAGAGAUGACAAGGCAAGCAUUUUCAAACGUGAUUUGGGCCACCGGGCAGCUUUCGGCGGACCAUAGCCAUGCCGCCUUGUCGCAAGAUUUGCGCAAGGUGCUUCCCGUGGUGGUGACCCAAGCGCGCGUGGAACUGCCUUCAGCCACGCCGCAGGCGCUUGCAAACUCUUGUUGGGGGCUGGCGCUGAGUGACACUCACGAUGCCGCUUUUCUUCAAGCAGUGGCAGAAAGGGUGGCAAGUGAAGCUGCUGGGUGGCAAUCAAAACUGGCUGAGCUUACUCUGCCAUCCGUGCUUUGUUCUUUUGCUAGGCUUAAGGCUGUGGGACAUGAUGACAUGCUUGACGUCGCAGCCAACAACCUCUCACUCAUGAUUGGCGAAAUGAACGACUGGGGCCUUUGCGCCACACUGUGGUCGUAUCAGCAGCUGGACCGCGGCGAGUUCCUCACCUUUCAGCGGCGCCUGGAAGCAGAGGUGGUCCGGCGCCAGCUUUUGACUGAGGAUGUGGAGCGCAGCCGCAUGGGACCGGAGGUUUGGCAGAUGGAUGGCGGGCAGUCCAAGCGCACGUGA